UGUCGACGUUGUGUCAUCGCACCGGCGCUCGACGUUCGAUCGAAAUUUCCGAACCAAGGCUGGCAGAUCGGCAGAAGCUCUUGACGAUUCAGCCUCCUCGGAAACCGCCACCUCAAGGGGGGUUCCGCGCCACAUCGCUCCUUCCUCUGCUCUGCAGCAGAGCCUGGUAAGUUUCGACGAGAUUGCGACAUGAGUGCUUGGACCGCUGCCAGAAGACUGACAGGUCGCAGUUGGGCCAACGAGCGGAGCAGGGCAUCCACCAACCGGGGAACAGCGGUCAGUACCUGUCUGUGCGUGCGCAGCUCGAGAUCCAGAUCUGCUGUGGAGACGGGAAGAAACACGGUGCAUAGGUACCUUCCGGCUCCAAGGUUCCGUCCUGGUGCAGCGCUUCACCAAGGUUUAAACUCGCUGCCUCCAGCUGGACAGCCAUCUAUCGACAACUACUCCUCUCUGCCAAAACAUCAGGCCACCGCCUUCUGGAAAGCUUGCGACCCAGCCGCUGAACGGCAGCAGGGAGUGAACGAGUCGGUGUGCCACUACGAGCAACACUGGCAGCGGCAGCUAGUUGAGGAUCACGCCCCUUGCCGGCUAAACCCCCAGAUUCCCCUUCAAGCGAACCAACAGAGGGCAUUCAUUUGUCUCGACCGCACCGAACCACACACGCCUGUUCAAGCCCCCUGGAGCGCUUGGGCCCGUGUCGCGAACGCCUUGAUCGCAACGGUCCCGUCCCCGCGAAAGAGCUCGAGUCGACGCCAGAUCGGGCUAUCAGAGUCAGCGGCGGGAUCAGCACCGUCAGCGACCAGGACGCUCGCCACUGCCGGCGCGCCGUUGCCAGCAGAACCAGCGACUCGGAUUCGCAGUCAAGGCAGCCUGAGCCUGAGUGGCAGCCGUUCCAGUAGGAGCAGUGCUGCAAAAGGAGGGUGCGCAGUCCCGCAUGAGAAGCAGCUGCAAUAAUGAAUCAAGGUAAGUCAGCCUUAAACACUCACCAC